AGCUUUCAUGUGGCUUCUUUCUCAAUUUAGCGUUUGCUUGUGAAAGCAAAUUUUUUUUUUUGGUUGCAGGUGAGAUGGUUAUUUUCAAUCAAACAGACAGACUGUGUGGUUUAUAGAGAGUAGGGAGAAGGGUAGAUCUGGUGUGACCUGAAGGUUCUCUGCAGCGAUGGCUUCAACAGUGAUACUGGUCGUGGUCUUAAUCUUUGAUGUCAUUGCCUUUGGUUUAGCAGUUGCAGCUGAGCAGAGGAGAAGCACUGCCCAAGUUGUUCCAGACAGUGAAGAUAAUUAUAAGUACUGUGUCUAUGACUCAGACAUUUCAACCGGUUUGGGUGUUGGUGCACUUCUUUUCCUCUUCGCCAGUCAAGCCAUUAUAAUGGUCGCAAGCCGAUGCUUCUGCUGUGGGAAGGCUUUGAAUCCUGGAGGUUCAAGGGCUUGGGCAGUCAUCCUUUUCAUAACUUGCUGGGUUACUUUUCUCAUUGCUGAGAUAUGCCUGUUAGCGGGUUCAGUGAGGAAUGCCUACCACACCAAGUACAGGACAAUUUUCAGUGAGGAUCCCCCGUCAUGUGAGACCUUGAGAAAGGGUGUGUUUGGCGCAGGGGCCGCUUUCACAUUCUUCACUGCCAUUCUCUCUGAACUCUACUAUGUUUGCUAUUCAAAAGCCAGAGGAAGCUUCCCAGCUUAUGGUGGUAGAGAAACUGGUGUUGGGAUGGGAACCUACAGCUGAGCUUAGUUAAGGCGAUCAUGACUGGCUUGUCAAUUUGCUUUCUCCAUUGCCCAUUUUGUUUUUCAUUUCAUAUAUGAGGGAUUGAAUUUAGUCAGAGAUAGAUUGUAUUCUCAUCUGUAUUUCAUGUUUUUUUUUUCCCCUCAUUCUAUUGUGAACGAUUCCUUCUUUGUCCUAUAAAUAAUAGCAGGAUCAGGACACUGUUGGUCGUGUUCCUAUACGAUUUACAUGA